UCCAGUCUUUCUGAAUGGUAGCCUUGCCCUGCAGUUUUUCAGCCAUUCCCCAGUUUGGUGUCACACGUGAUGUUGCUGAGGGUGCUAAUGUUCUAUCGUCAAUCAUUGAUGACAUUUUUAAACAGCCCCAAUAUUGACCCAUGAGGUACAUCAUGUGUAGCUGGUUGUUGAUAGUCUUUGAACCACUGAUCACUGUUGUUUAAGCCCAAUAGUCCAGACAGUAUUUCUUCCUUCAGGCAGUCUUGCAGUCAAGUCCAUACUUUCCUCAUUUGGCUACUGGGAUACGAGAGGAAGCUGUUCUGAGAGCUUUGCUGAAGUCAAGUGUGUUCUAGGACUAUGGCUUCCAAAACCCCAGUUGGAUUCAUUGGGCUGGGUAACAUGGGAAAUCCAAUGGCAAAAAACCUGGUGAAACAUGGAUAUCCAGUUAUUGCAUAUGAUGUGUUCCCAGAAGCUUGCAAAGAAUUUCAAGACUUGGGUGCUCAGGUAACAGAAUCCCCAGCAGAUGUAGCAGAACGAGCAGACAGAAUUAUUACCAUGCUGCCUUCUAGUCCCAAUGUGAGAGAAGUUUACACAGGAGCAAAUGGAAUUCUAAAGAAAGUGAAGAAAGGCUCAUUGCUAAUAGAUUCCAGUACUAUUGACCCAGCAGUUUCAAAAGAAUUAGCCAAAGCUGUUGAAAAAAUGGGAGCUGUUUUCAUGGAUGCCCCAGUUUCUGGAGAAUAUUCUGAGUUGGAAGGGACCCAAAAGGAUCAUCAAGUGCAGCUCUUAAGUGGAUGGCCCAUACAGGCGAUUGAACCUGUGACCUUGGCGUUAUUAGCACCAAGAUUUAACCACAUUGACAAAACGUACAAGAUUUUGGAGGGAAAAAAGAACAGGAGAAAGUUUAUUAGCUGGAAGGUGCUUGUCUGUGUUGGAGCUGCUCGAGCUGGAAACCUUACUUUCAUGGUUGGUGGAGUGGAACAAGAAUUUAAUGCUGCCAAAGAGUUGCUAACAUGCAUGGGUUCUAAUGUGAUUUACUGUGGAGAGGUUGGAACCGGACAGGCUGCAAAGAUCUGCAACAACAUGCUCUUGGCCAUCAGUAUGAUUGGAACUGCUGAGACUAUGAAUCUUGGAAUCAGAUUAGGCCUUGACCCAAAGCUGCUGGCCAAAAUCCUAAAUAUGAGCUCAGGUCGCUGUUGGUCAAGCGAUACGUACAACCCUGUUCCUGGGGUGAUGGAAGGAGUACCCUCUGCUAAUAAUUACCAAGGUGGCUUUGGAACAACACUCAUGGCUAAGGAUCUUGGCUUGGCCCAGCUUUCUGCCACUAACUCGAUGACACCAGUUCCUUUGGGAUCCCAGGCACAUCAGAUCUACAGGAUGAUGUGUGCCAAAGGCUAUGCCCUGAAAGACUUCUCAGCUGUGUUCCAGUUUUUACGUGAGGAGGAAACCUUGUGAGCUGUCCUUUGGAAAUGGACACAAUAACAAAACACAUUCUUCUAUCCUUAUAGCUCGUUUGAGAAGUUUGUGGGUUUAAUCAAGUACUGUGCAUCCUGCUCCCAUACAGACUAAUCAUCUUUGGUUGUCUAGAUCACAACAAACUCCAGAGUUUCGUUAUAAUUCUUGAAAAAGCAAGUCACAGGAAGGAAUUGUUUGGCAACAGCCAACAGCAAGUCCUUUUUUCUUUUUUUAAGAACCAUCAAUUUUUUUUUUCACCAGAUGCAGUAAAUAAGAAUUUUUUUAUUAAACACUUAACUGUUUGCUUUUAAAAUAACUUACAUUAUGGCUACAAAGGUAGUUGAAUCAUGAAUAAUAAGAGAAUGUUUAAUGUGAUUUUAUCAUAUAUAGUGAUCUAUUAAAAUUUUAAAUUAAUACUUUAUGGAAAAAGGGAAUAUUUGUUCAAUGAAGAAACACAGCUUGAUAUGGAUUUUUUUUUUUUCCUUGGACCUACUAGCCUUGGGUUGAUCAGAAGUGAAUUUGUCCUGGGAUUCAGGUUGCAGAUUAAGUUUAUAGGCACUCGUUCUAAGUGGAAAGCUGUUACAGCAUGUUUACCUGAUAGACUUAGUUAAAAUAAUAUAGAAUGUGUGUCCCUCUUGUAAAGUUCCGUUAUUGUAUUUUGCUAACCCAAUUUUAUAUUUUCUUGUAUUCUGUCACACAUUUUCAGAACCCAAGAUGGGCACUUACCAGAAGUUCUAACAAAGUGUACAUUCGUUUUAGUUAAUUACUGAAUUAUUUUAAAUCUAAACAAACCCCAUUAUUUUGAAAAGAAAUAAAAUCUAUACUGGUAAAUA